AAGAGGUUGGAAAAUCUUCUUCAAGUUAAAAAAGAUUAUGAAUUGUCCAAAACUAAUCUUCAAUCUUGGCUCGUAGAGAUGGAUCAGCUUUUGCAACCGAAUCUAGAUGUAUCUGGAGAUAAAGAAACUUUGCAAACCAAAUUGCAAUUUCUAAAGGACCUGAUGGUUAAAAAGGAAGAAAACGCUCCAAAGCUUUCAUCUGUCAUCGAUGCAGGUGAAGUGAUAUACCUUAGUCUGAGUAUAGAAGGCCGAGAUGAAAUACGUAAAGAAAUGAGAUUGCUAAGAGAUACUUGGGAUGACGAGUGGGAGAAAGUCCAGUCUGCGAUGAAGAACAUCGAAUCAUCGUUGAUGGCAUGGGGAACAUUUGAAGAAAG